UCCGCAGGCUGCCUGUAGGAGCUUGCUGUGAAUGUAGCUCUGAUUUGUUCCUUUGUCUUUGGACUUUCCAGUUACUGAGCUGUUUGUUGGUGGUUUGGGGCUGGGGAUUUGGCGCUAGGUGAAUGAAUGCCCGGGUUCUGAGCCGGCUCCACCCGGCGUGUAAAAGUGUCCGUGUCACCCACACUGAUUGAUAGUCAGAGCUAGUCCGGCGCUGUCACACGGGGGCCAGGCAGUACUCUGUCACUGGGAACCAGCAGGAUAAUGUUCCUGCAGUGUGCAUGUGUCUGCGCUUUACCUCCUUCCUGCUAUUAAUACCGCGCCCAGCCAGGGGAGUUUUGUGCAGAGAUUGUGCUCUCAUCUCCGGGACUAUUGAAUGCGCUGCUCUGGUUCCCGCCUCUCGCCGCCUGAGCUCGGCCCCGCCGCCGCCGUGAUGCUCCGGCCCCCGGGCCUGUUGCUGCUGCUCGCCGCCGCCCUGCUCCUCCACCUCCCCGCCCGUCUCAGCGGCCUCGCCCGCAGCGGCUUGCCCCGUCUCAAGCUGUCCUAUAAAGAAAUGAUGGAGUUGAACAACAUUGUGACUUUCCCGGGCAUCGCGAACAGCUCCAGCUACCAAACGCUGCUCCUGGACGAGGAGCGCAGCAGGUUGUUCGUUGGUGCCAAGGACCUGAUCCUCUCCCUCAGCCUCAUCGAUGUUACCCAGGAUGUCUUGACGAUUGUGUGGCCUCCCAAUCCGGCACGAAGAGACGAGUGCAAGUGGGCCGGGAAAGAUGUCACGAAAGAAUGUGCAAACUUUAUCCGAGUGCUGGAACACUUUAACCAGACGCAUCUGUACGCAUGUGGCACAGGAGCCUACCACCCCAUCUGUGCCUAUGUCCACAUUGGCCAUCCCACUGAGGAACACGUCUUCAAGCUCGUCACCUCGCACUUUGAAAACGGACGAGGGAAAAGUCCUUACGACCCGAGGUUGCUGACCACCUCCCUCCUAAUUGACGGAGAGCUGUACUCUGGGACAGCAGCUGAUUUCAUGGGCAGAGACUUUGCCAUCUUCCGCACCCUGGGUCAUCAUCACCCCAUACGGACAGAGCAGCACGACUCCAGGUGGUUGAACGAACCUAAAUUUAUUGGUGCCCACUUGAUCCCAGAAAGCGACUACCCAGAGGAUGAUAAAGUAUUUUUCUUUUUCCGCGAGAAUGCAUUGGAUGGGGAAUACUCAGGAAAAGCCACGCACUCCAGAAUUGGUCAGAUUUGCAAGAACGACUUUGGUGGCCACAGGAGUCUGGUCAACAAAUGGGUGACCUUCCUGAAAGCCCGGUUGGUUUGUGCCGUGCCAGGUCCGAACGGUAUCGACACACACUUCGAUGAAUUACAGGACGUUUACGUGUUGAAUUCUAAGGAUCGUAAGAAUCCGACCAUCUAUGCCAUCUUUACCACCUCUAGCAACAUCUUCAAGGGGUCUGCGGUGUGCAUGUACAACAUGGUGGACGUCAGGAGAGUGUUCCUGGGCCCCUACGCUCACAGAGAGGGCCCCAGCUACCAGUGGGUUCCCUACCAAGGACGAGUACCCUACCCUCGCCCUGGAACAUGUCCCAGCAAAACAUUUGGAGGCUUUGACUCGACCAAGGAUUUUCCCGAUGACGUGAUGACCUUUGCCAGGGGUCACCCGGCCAUGUAUAACCCCGUCCUCCCCGUCAACAACAGACCCAUUGUCAUCAAGACCAACGUAGACUUCCACUUCACCCAGAUCGCCGUCGAUCGCGUAGAGGCAGAGGAUGGACAAUACGAUGUCAUGUUCAUCGGGACAGAUGUGGGCACAGUGCUGAAGGUCGUGUCCAUUCCACGGAAGACCUGGCGUGACCUGGAAGAAGUUUUGCUGGAGGAAGUGACGGUGCUCAAGCUUCCGGCACUGCUCUUUAACCUUUCCCUCAUCCACCAACAGCAACAACUGUACCUGGGCUCAGCGCUGGGCGUGUCGCAGUUGCCGCUGCACCGCUGCGAUGUUUACGGCCGUGCGUGCGCUGAGUGCUGCCUCGCCAGAGACCCCUACUGUGCCUGGGACGGAUCCACCUGCUCCAGAUACUUCCCCACUGCCAAGAGACGGUCAAGGAGGCAGGACAUCAAGAAUGGAGACCCCCUCACUCAGUGCUCAGACCAGCAUCGCCAUGAUAAUCCACAUGAGAGAAACACCAUGGAGGCCAGGAUCAUCUAUGGGGUACAGAACAGCACCACCUUCCUGGAGUGUACCCCCAGAUCGCAGCAGGCCCUGGCGCUCUGGCACUUCCAGAGGCAGAAUGAGGAGCACAGGGAAGAGGUGGGCACAGGUGAUCGUGUUAUCCAGACAGACCAGGGUCUACUGUUACGGAGCCUACAGAGGGGGGAUGCAGGGACCUACACGUGCCGCAGUGUGGAACACGGCUUCAUGCAGACCCUGCUGAGGGUGACGUUGGAGAUCAUUGACACUGAACACCUGGAGGAGCUCCUGCACAAGGUGGAAGUGGAGGCCCCCAGGGGCAAGGAGGGCCACGCCAUCAGCCCCGCCAUUCAGAAGGUUUGGUACCGAGACUUCAUGCAGCUCAUCAAUCACCCGAACCUCAACACCAUGGACGAGUUCUGCGAGCAGGUUUGGCGCCGGGAUCGGAGGCGGCGUAAACAGGGUCUGCCCCACACGCCAGCACACGGCAACAAGUGGAAACAUCUACAGGAGAACAAGAAGGGUAGGAACAGGAGGACCCAUGAGUCCGAGCGUGCACCCAGGAGCGUCUAAACCAACGCGCCCAUGACCAACCAUCAAACCUGAUGCAAUACAUACAUUAACUCGGCCAUUGCUUUGUGUGGAUGUUGACAAGUGUACAGGAUACUCACCAGAAACAAACAAAACCAUCUUCCACUCAUCAUUCUUUAUGUUCCUGCAGCACAAAAGGUGAUUUCAGUUGGACUGCCUCAACCUGACUUGCAACAACUGACUGGAACUGGCCAUCUGGGCUUGGGAUGAGUAGAUUUGAUGGGCCGAAUGGCCUCAUUCUGCUCCUUCAACUCAUGAACUCCAGGCUGGGCACAGUCAGAAUGUGUUCAUAGCUUAUCGCCACAUCCACGUUCUUGUGACUUAGACCAUCCUAAACCAAGCCCGCUCUUGUUCAACGAUGCAGUGUGUGUUGACAGUCGAGACCCAGAUACGGCUGGGCUGUGGUGUCAGUAAUAUGUUCGCUCUGCUGUGAACUCAUAUCCCCUCCCCACUCCCAACCCCACCUGCCCCCUCCCCA